GUUUCACAGACUUGAGUUGAUUGCUCGCAUUCGUUGGUGAUAGAAGAAUAGGAUGACUAAUUUUUAUGUUUACUGCAAAAAUUGAAGAAAAAUAUCGAAAUAUUGAAGUGUAAAAAAACCAAAACACAGUUAUUCGAUUGAAAAAGUAAUAUCGGUUGCGGUGUAAUUGUGAAGUGCUGCAAAAAUGAAGAAACAAUUCACGAAAAUAAAAAUUGCAGCUGAAAAUUUGGGGAGAUCAAAUAAAUCCGAUUUGAAGGAUUCCGAAUUGGAAAUAAUUGAAAAACAAGUUGACAAGUAUAAAGAUGUACUGGAAAAAAUGGUACGUAAAUUGCCGGCAGCUAGUUCCUCAACCGACACACAGGAUCGUGAUAAACGUAUCAAAAAGAACUGUCACUACAAGAUUGGGCAAGCGCUAGAGGAGUCAUCCAAGGAUCUUUACAAAGAAAUGCCAUUACAUCAUGUCUUAUCUAAUUGUGGCGAACUUGAGAAGUCAAUUGCGGAAUGCAUCGUCGACAAUGAACUGGAGACGGAGAACGAAGUGGUGCGCCGUUUAAAGCAAAUUUUGGAUAAUGAAAUCCAAGAGAUCUCAUCACUCAAACGCAAUGUAUCACGUACAGUGCAGGAGUAUCAGUCACUAAAGCGCAGCUAUGAGGCCGCCAUACGUCUCGACGAAGCACCGGCAAAAAUCAAUCACAUCAAAGACCAACAGGAACAAUGCGAAGUGAAGUUGGAGAAGGAGCGCGACUCGCUCGCCGCACUCAUGUUCGAGUUGAUCACCAAAGAGGACGUCAUCGUCCAAUGCAUACGCGACUAUGUGCUAUACCAGCGUAACUACCACGAGCGUGCACUGCAGAAGGUCAACUCAUCGCUCGCCUCCAUUCAGGAUAUUAUACAAUCGACAGCGAAAUCGCGUUUCGGCACCUCGCUAACCGAGCACCUGGAGUCGACGAAUCGUGAAAUAUCACACAUUUUAGAGCUCUGCAUUUGCUGCCUCAUCGAGAACGGACUCUACGAAGAGGGUUUGUUGCGUGUGGGUUGUGCAAGCACAAAAUUGCGACGCAUGAAACAUGCGCUCGAAGCACAAUAUGUGAAGACCCCACUGCCGGUGGAGUAUCAGGAUCCGCAUGUGAUUGGUUCGAUACUCAAGUUGUAUUUGCGUGAAUUGCCUGAACCCUUACUCACCUAUAAAUACUACAAAGACUUUAUUAGCGCGACGGAAUGUGGCAGUGAAGCGGAGCGGAAAGCCGCCAUAAAGGCCACGCUGGCCAAAUUGCCGGCGUCGAAUUAUGCAAAUUUACGCUAUCUGACGAGGUUCCUCUGGCUGGUCACACAGAAUGUGGACCAGAACAAGAUGAGCUCGCAGAAUGUGGCGAUUGUAAUGUCACCGAAUAUGUUGUGGCCGCGUAUGGAUAAAAGCAAUCCGGCCGACUACCUGGGACAGGUGAACAGUUCAUCGGCUGUGAAUGUGAUUGUGGAACUGUUGAUUAGUCAGUGGGAUUACUUUUUCGAAGGAGACGUAGACUUUUUUGUGACGUUGUCGCGCAAUAAACUCUUUGUGGAAGGUAAAAGCAAAUCUGGCUCGUCCAACGAAAAUUUGGAUCGGAAUGACACGGAUUCUCUUGAGAGUCCACGUUACGGUACUAUUCGUCGCCAAAAGGCUUGCGCGCCCUCCCCGCCAAGUGCCGCCAAAGUUGUGGAGAAAAUCCACACCAAUCACGAGUCACAUCGAAACGGCGUUAAAGAACUCUUUCCGAAUCCAGCUACAUCGACAACAACAAAUACAAUUGCAACCACCACAACGGCAGCUAAUAAUAACUACAAUAACAAUAAUAAUAACAAUGGCAAUAACAGUAAUGGCACAGAAAAGCCCGAAAAACCGCCAUUACCGAAGCUGUCGCAUUUCCAACAGCCACUGACACAGCAAAUGCCACCACCAGAGCCACCACAAUCGGCCAAACCGGUGCCCAUGACUCGUACACAAUUUUUCGGUUUGGAUAAUUUACCUUCGCCGGUAGCGGAUCGCAAGAGCACCGACAGCAUAGGAUCGCUGGUCUUCAAGCCAGAUUUACCACAAAAACCAAAGAUACCCAAACGCCCAAUGGUGCUGGGCCUAAGCGGCGGUGGUGGCAAGAGUGAUGAUGAGACAACGCCGACGCCAACGCAAGCCAACGAAACUGGCAACGGUGGCAGUGUUGGCGCUAACGGUGUCAACAGUGUAGCUGUUGGUGGAGGCGGUAUAGUGUCACGCACCACUGAGAAGUUCAUCGAGAAACUACGCAGCGACAAUUGUGAUAACGGCGCAGCGACGACAAUGCGUGAAAAUCAACACAAUCAACGGCUACUGAGUGCGGAGCAGAAUGCGAAUAUAAACAGCGCUGUUGGUGUCGGCAGCCAAAGCAACAGUAACAGCAACAGCAAUCGAAACAGCAUUGCCAGCGUCUACAGCUUCGGCGGUGGUGGUCACUCGCGUUCCAAUUCGAAUGCGAAUGCCAAUACUUUUGUGCCACCACAGCUACAGUUGCAGCAAACGGAAACGACGACAGCUGCUGCGACGUCGUCGACUGCGGCCACAGCGUCGGCGUCGGCAACAUCAACAGUGAGCACGGCACAAGCACAGACACAAACACCGGCGCCGAUAACACGCAACACACCCACAACACCCGUUUCGCCGCACAUGAUAUUGACGAAGCGGCCCACGGUGCCAGCGCCACCACCGCCCUCGAUGGUGAAAAAGCAAUCAGAUUAAGUGCGCUCAUAACGGCGUUGCGUUGUAAGCAUUUGUAGUUGUUUGUAGCACACACACGCACACUGACUCUUGUGUAUGCACACACACACACACAUAUGAAGACGACACACUAGUAGAGAACUAAGCUGUAAGAAAUGUAGCAAUUUGUAUUAUAAAUAGUGCGUUGCGUUUGCUUUGGCAGUGCAAAAAAUGUUGAAACUGUGUAACGGUGAAAUGUGUUCGAGUUCGAAACAAACAAACAGACCUACGAGUAUUUUUCUAAUAAAAAUUGUAUUUUGGCUAAAUUACAUGUAUGUAUGUAUAUACGUAUUUUGGCAAUAUAUUUGCAGUAAAUAUGAGAUAUUAUUUUUCGUGGACUGGCGUGUGGAAAAUUUUGCAAUGCGCCAAAAAUAUUUGUUUGUGCUCACUUUCCUAAAGUUGUGUAUUAUUUUGUAUUUUUUUCAUUCUUUCAUUCUCUUAUAUGCUUAUUCUUUUGUUUUAUUUUAAUCAAUUUACUUGCUGCUAAAAAAUAUACACUUAAUUUAUUAUAAUGCAAUAAAAAAGUAUAACUUUCCGACUCUUAUUGCAUGGUUACCAUAUUUAUACAAUUUCAUAUUAGGAUUUCUUUACAAAAAAAUAAAGAUAAAAUAAUUUUUAAAUUCUUUAUAAUAAAAAAUGCUAAUUUAGCAAAAAAAGUAAUUUUAAUUAAAAAAUGUAAAAUUUAUAAAAUUUGUAUUUAAUAAUUUGAGACUAUUUUUUUAAUUAUUAUUUUUUUUAUUUAUUAUUAUUAUUUUUUUAUUUCUUAUUAUUAUUUUUUUUAUUUCUUAUUAUUAUUUUUUAUUUAUUUAAUUUCAUUGCUGCACUGUGUAUUUAAUAUUUUUUUUUUUAAUUUUUCGUUUUCAAAACUGACAACAUACGAUUAAAGCCGUAUACCCUUUAUGCUAAGAAAAUUAAUGUAAUAUACAUAAGUAUAUUUUCCUUAUGGCUGCAUGCGGAGAGUAACUAAAUAAACAAAACUGGUGUUUUUCGGUGUACGACUUCUUUGAAAUUUAAAAAAUAUGUACAUAUUUGUCGAUUUUUUUUGAUGCAUUUGUUGUUCUAUUUUUGAAACAGUCUCCUGAAUAAAAUAGCUGUUAUUUAUUUGUAAAAUAAAAAAAAUAUACAUAAAAACGCAUAUUUAAAUAAUUGUUGACUAAAGUCAAGAAAAUUUUGUUGAAAAUUUGUUUUUAUUAAAAAAAUGUUAAGACAUUUUUCAAAUAUUUAAAAAAAAAACAAUAUUACUAUUUUACAAUAAUGAUAGAGUCGUCUAAAUAAAACAACAACCAUACAACAAUAUGUCUAUUUAUCCAAUGGAAAAAAUGAUUUGCUUUACAGCAAAGCUAUGCAGAUCUUUUUAUGGUUUUCCAUAAGUUUAUAAGAAUAUUAAUAUAUUUUCUACUAUCUGCUUUGUGUGGCCUCUUCGAUUUCUUCUUUCAUUUGUGCUUUGUAUGUCGUGUUCGCGUGAAAAAUAGUGUCUAUCAAAAAUUAUGUAAUAAAAGCUGACUGCCACAAUAUUGUAAGAAAAUUCCACAGUUUUGAGCAUAUUCGGUAUUGAAAUAUAAUUUUCAGUCAACAAUUUGUGUAAUUUUU